AUGUACUACGUGGUCUCCAACCUCGUGAUGCCUUUGACCCGUAGCCGACGGCUCUCCUACGCCGAGCUCGCAGGUCCGAACAAAGUCAAUUGGUUCAUCUCGCAUUUUUGGGGCACAUCCUUCCGCCACUUUGUCUUCAGCAUCCGGAAGCAUGCGGAAAGCGUUGCCGUGGCGAACAACUACAUUGGCAAUUGGGCCGAUCGCACGUAUUGGAUCUGCAGCCUCAGUAACAAUCAAUGGAAUGUGGCAGAGGAGGUCGGGCAAAGCUGGGAGGAGUCAUCCUUCUAUUUGACGCUGACCUGCGGGUAUUGCGCUGGAACUGCCAUGAUCCUUGAUGACGAAGCGAUGCCGUUGACACGAGCAUGGUGCUUGUUCGAGGUGCUGCAGACGAAGGAAAUCGGCGAUCGCCAAAAUAGUUUCGAAGGACUUUGGCUGUGCACUGCCACCGGUGUCCUGCACAAGGGCAAGGCGGGUGUUGAUGUCGCCAUGCGCAUAGCCGAGCGGCUAUCAACAUUGAAGCUGGAAGAUGCAACUGCCUCCGUGCAAAAGGAUAAGGACAUGAUCGACGACUUGGUCUCCCAGAUGCCCGGCGGCUUCAAUGCCAUGAACGCCUUCGUCAAGCAAAACAUUGCCGAGGCUACUUCAAGCGCUCCUUUAAAAGGGUUCUGUUGCCGGAAACCAGAGCAGUAA